AUGAGCUGGUCCAUCGAAUCACCUUACAGCCCACAGUGGUUCAAGAACGUGCAAAUAUGCUACCGAUGGUAUGCGGAUGGUGACGGCGGUCAGUGUGGCGGUGGGGCGACACGCUUGCUGUGUGCCCCGGUGGGUAAAUAUACGCCGAUCUACCGGGACGACACCGAUAACCUCGGCGGUGGGUGUAGAAUGUCUUGGCAGCUCAAACUACCACCUGUGCAUAGUUCGUGGGCGAGGAAUAUCCAGUUGUGCUACGAAUGGUAUCCAGAUGGUGAUGGUGGACAGUGUGGUGGUGGUGCUGCUCGAAGCUUUGUGCUUUGGCCAAUUUCUGGACUCCUUACUACAGAGAUGAUACCGACAACAGAGGAGGCGGAUGCCGCAUGA